AUGUCCUCCAGACCCACAACUAGGACCUCGGCUUACCUGCUGAAUAUGCAGCAGAACCCCGGAGAAUCACUUCGGUCCUAUGUACAGAGAUUCUAUGAGGAAAGCGUGUUGAUACCUGAUCCUAAUGAACAUGUUAUUAUAGCUGCGUUCACCCACGGACUCGUGGCCGGGGUAUUUAAUACAGGGAUACACAAGAAGUAUCCUCGUACACUCCAUGAACUCUGGUUGAAGGUAAAAAAAGGCAUACAAGCCGAAGAUCUCAAUCGAAUGAAGAAGGAGGUCCAAACAACUCGCUCGGGGACCGAUCCCAGAAGGAAGAAGGAAUCCGGCCGAAGUGAGGCAGGCGCUGUUGGUGGCUUUCAAAGCCUCAGCCGGGAUCGUCAAAGUGUGUUCAAUUGGAUAUCUAAAGGGAAGACAUCUAUCCCCGAGUCCGACCUGACGCCUUUGAACGCUACUCGAUCCCGAGUGCUCUUCGUCGUGGAGCAGAAUAACCUCGGGUGUGCCCUUUCAAAGAUGGCCGGGAGUAGAGAUAAGAGGAACUCUAACCUCUACUGCUUGUACCACCGAGAUAUCGGGCACGAGACAGAAGACUGCAAUGACCUCAAGAGGGAUAUUGAGCGCCUCAGUUACCAACGCGCCGACUCUCGACGUGAUGACCGAGGUGAUCGGCACCGAGAAGACAGACGAGGGUCGAGUAGCAGUUGCCGACCUCCUGAGGACCCCAGGGAGACAAAAAGACCUCCGCCAGACGGGUCCUCAGGCCACGGGUUAGGAUAUGGACCGAACAUCGCUGGGGUCAUCAACACUAUUGCCGAAGGUCUGACAGGAGGGGACAAUCAGAACUCCCGGAAGAGGACCUACAGGCAGGCCAACACUGUGCAGGCCGAGCCGAGCUCACGCUUGUCCGAAGUGAUAUCUUAUGGCCCUAACGACCCCGUUCCCGCUGCCUCGAGCAGCCACGAAGCUUUGGUGAUCGAGAUCCUCACCAACAACUACAUCGUGAAGAAGGUUUAUGUUGGUCCGGAAAGCUCGGUAGACGUCAUGUAUUUCCGAACUUUUGAAAUUUUGAACCAGACAAGAGAACAGCUGUCCCCAGUUAGGACGCCCCUAGUAGGGCUUGGGGGACACGUCGUGCAUCCAGAAAGGGUGAUGACCCUAACAGUGACCGUGGGUCACCACCCUCGCUGCCGAACCAUUACUGUCAACUUUGUUGUGGUCAAAAUCGACUCUCCCUUCAACUUGCUCAUGGGCCGACCCACGGUUAAUGCUCUCCAUGCGGUGUAUUCCACGUACCACCUGACUUUUAAGUUUCCAACCUGGCAGGAGUCAUUGAGGUUAACAGCGAUGUAUGUGCAGCGCGAGAGUGUUACCUCGCUACUUUGCAAGCCGCUUCUACGUCGGCCUCCUAGCCCUGGUCCGAAAAGAGGUCAAAUAUCCUUUCAAUCAAUUGUAUCGAUCCUCAGCAAAUCGGGAAGCCCCAGAGGCUAG